AUGGCUUCGGAGGAGACCACGACGGAGAAUCUGGCCCAACCCGAGUAUUGGGACACGCGAUACGCGAGCGAGAAGCCAGGUGAUCCGACACACGAAUGGUUCCGCACCUAUGAGGACCUCUCAGCCUUCCUUGAGAGAAGGCUCUUUGCCGUCUGGCCUCCGCACACAGCUCCCAGGAUUCUCCAUCUCGGGGCAGGAAAAAGUACAUUGCCCGUGAGACUUGUCAAGGAUGGAUACAAGAACCAACUAUGCGUCGAUUUCUCGAGUGAAUCUGUUACUCAAAUGUCCCAGGAGUACGCGGGUACAGAAGGUGUCGAGUGGAAGGUGCAUGAUGUGUGCCAAAUGGAUGAUAUCGCCUCCAAGACGAUCGACGUAGCCUUCGAUAAGGGUACAUUAGAUGCAAUGGUUGACGGACUAAGCAGCCUCUUAAACCCAACUGAUGAAGUAUUAGAACUGACCAGUCGUUAUAUGCGAGAGGUAUUCCGGGUUCUCAAGGAUAAUGGAUCAUUCUUGUACGUUACUUAUCGCACACCGACAUUCAUGGCGCGGUUUCUACAGUGCGAAGGCACCGACUGGUUGAUAGAGAAGGAUAUUCUGAGUGAGCCAGGCGCUAUAGCAUACUACGGGUUGAUCUUGACGAAGCGGCCAAAGGAAGAAUAG